AGUCAUAGGAUUAUCAGCUGGAUCGGAUCAAAUAUUUUUAGGGUUUAGAACGACAGCCAAAAUAAAACUCAAACGAAAGUGCUGCCUAAUUUCUUUAGCCGUCUCUCUCUCUAUCUCUCUGCGUGUUCGGCAUACUUCUUUGGCUCAAUUACUGGAUUCCCCUUCGGCAAAUUUCGAAUCAGGCGAAUCUUUCCUUACCUUUGAGUAUUACGCUGUUUCUUUUUCUUUGGCAUGUGUUUUGUGUUGAUGGUCUAGCAUGUCUAAUGAUCUGGCAUCGCAAUCGCUUUCUAUGGCAAGCAACCAAAUGGGUCAGCUGGAACCCAUUUCAAACAAAUUGGACUCAUCCGUGCAAAUGGGAGUAAUGGGAUCUGGUACCAGUAGUUCACUGCAGCAGGUUUCAGUAACAGACAUGCAAGUUGGACCAGUGGGACAAGGUUACAGUGUUUCUGCAUCUCAACAAAUGCCAGUUUCAAAUAUGCAAAUGGGGAUGUUGUUGCCUAUGUCAAACAAUCCUGGGUCUGGAAUAUUGCCAGUGUCAGACCAACGGACCUUUAAAAUGGAACCCCAAGCAUAUAAUCUUGUGCAGCAGCAGUUUUUUCUGCCAAACAAGCAAAUGGGUGGGCUUGGAACAAUGCCAAAUAAUUUGGCUUCACAGCCGUUGCCAUCGUUGAACAAGAGAAAAGCAUCAAUGGAGCCAGUUUCCAAUAAUUCUGUGCCACAGAAGUUAUUAAUGUCUAAUAAGCGGAUUUCGCAACUGGGACAUAGGCCAUGGUUGCAGCAAACAUCUGGACCCGAUAGAAGAGUUGUACAGCCGAUGCAAUUUAUGCCUAACUCUGCAGGAUCACAGACUUUGCCAUCUCUAAACAAAAAAGUAGUACCAAAGGAAUCUGUUGCUAGUAAACCUGGGCCUCGAAAGCAAUCCAUUUCAAAAAGUCAAAAUACACCUUUACAAACAUUGCCAAAGGCAAGAACCGAGUCAUUUGAAUCUGUAAGGUCAAAGAUGAGGGAAUCAUUAGCAUCUGCACUGGCUUUGGUUUCUCAGUGGCAAGAUAAAUCAUUGAAGGAGGAUAAGAAUGGUCAGAGUGAAACUGAAAAUAUCCUGAGAAAUACUGAAGAAAAAUCUCAAACUUUUGGAUCUGCAUCUACCACUUCAGUUGCUGUUGACCCUGUAUCUGAAGAGCGCAAGGAAACACUACCUUCUCAAGAAGAUUCUUCUAAUACUAUCUGUCUUGAUAACCAAAAUGCAUCUCAGGGUUACUUUACUAAUGAAAAUAUCACUAAUAGCUCACAGAUUUCAAAACCCAAUGGGCAAGAAUUUCAAUAUGGUAAUUUUUUGCCUGACGAGGAUGUUCCAUUUAGUGACAACUUUUUUGUCAGAGAUGAACUUUUGCAGGGAAAUGGGCUCUCUUGGGUUUUGGAACCAAUAGAGGUUACAGUCACGGAUGUUUCAGCUUUAGUAAACCAAGAAUCAGGAAAUGAGCAAGUAGGUGGUGAUAGAGAUGGGGGUGAACAACAGUCAGAUCAAUCUCCCGAAAUUUUGGCUUUUAAAAUUGAAGCUGAACUUUUUAAACUAUUUGAAGGUGUGAAUAAGAAGUAUAAAGAGAAGGGCAGAUCUCUUCUAUUCAAUUUAAAGGAUCCUAAUAAUCCCGACCUGAGGGAAAGAGUUAUGACUGGAGAGAUUCCCCCGGAACGUUUAUGUGCUAUGUCAGCAGAGGAACUUGCUUCAAAGGAGCUUUCACAGUGGCGGAUGGCAAAAGCAGAAGAGUUGGCUCAAAUGGUGGUUUUGCCUGAUGAUGUUGAUACUAGGCGGUUGGUGAAGAAAACUCAUAAGGGUGAGGUCCAAGUCGAAGUUGAACAAGUUGAUGCUGCUUCUGCUGAUGUAUCUGUUGGGGCAAGCUCACUUGCUCAAGUUUCAUCAAAAACCAACAAGAAAAAAGCCUCUUCUCCUUCUAAACCUUUUGGGAUGAAAGAUGAAUCAAAUAUAGCAGUGCCUGACAGAAAGAGUAAUCUUGAAGGGCAGGAAGGUCCAGGCUACAUUGCUAGCCCAUCAAAUGAGGGGACUGAUUUGAUGGAAGGCCUUAUGGUAGAUAAUGAAUUGAAGGAUGCUGAAUUUCUUCCUCCUAUCGUUUCUCUUGAUGAAUUUAUGGAAUCACUUAACAAGGAACCACCAUUUGAAAAUUUUCCUGUGGAUGCUGAGAAAUCAACUGGCACAUCGGACAGGGAUGACUCAGAAUUUGGUUCUGAAUCAAAGUCUCCUCUUCAAACUCCAGCAGAUCCUGUUGAUAGUAAGCCAGCUAAACCUGACAGUGUUGAUUUAAAAAUUACUGAAUCAGAGGCUGAUGCAAAGCCUAGUGACAGCCCUGUAAAAUCAGAAGCUGCACCUUCUAGUUUUGUACCCAAGGGUGAGCUUGUGUGGGAUGGCUUACUUCAGCUGAAUAUCUCAGCGAUGGCCUCAGUUGUAGGCAUCUUUAAAAGCGGUGAAAAAACUUCUGGGAAGGAUUGGGCCAACCUCCUUGAGAUCAAGGGGAGAGUUAAACUUGAAGCAUUUGAGAAAUUCCUCCAACAGCUUCCAAUGUCAAGGAGUCGGGCUGUCAUGAUCCUUCACUUUGUAGGGAAGGAAGCUUCCCCGAAAAACGAACAUGCAAGUCUCUCUGAGGUGGCUGAUUCUUAUGUUUUGGAUGGGAGAGUAGGUUAUGCUGAGGCUGCCCCUGGAAUUGAGCUGUAUUUUUGUCCACCGCACACUAAAACCCGUGAAAUGCUCAGCAAAAUCCUCCCCAACGACCAACUUGAGGCACUUAAUGCUAUUGAUAAUGGUCUAAUUGGCGUUGUUGUAUGGAGAAAACCACAAUUAACUUCAACAGUAUCACCCAACUCUGCUGCUUCACACCAUAAGCACACCUCUAAGAAACAACACUUGAGUUCUAGGAGGCACCAAGAUAAGAAUACAAACAUGAAUGUGAAUCUCUCACCAAAACCUUCUAUCUCUCAGGGUAGACCGCCUCCCGUCUAUGAUGGAUCCACCCAAGAUGAUGAUGAUGAUGAUGUUCCACCCGGCUUUGGUCCUCUGUCUGGUGGGCGAGAUGACGAUGACCUUCCUGAGUUUAACUUUUCCAGUGGUUCUACUGUAAAUCCUCAGGGUGUUGGGGUGACACAUUUUCACCCACAUCCCCUCACCCCUUCACGACCUGUGGAUCAAAUGAGGGAGCUUAUACAAAAAUAUGGCCAACCCCAGGGUUCUCCCUCUUUAGACAGAAGAGUUGGAAUUCCGGCAUGGAAUAAUGAUGAUGACGAUGACAUUCCAGAGUGGCAGCCACAGGCUCCACAAAACCGGCCUUCUCACCACCACCCAACACAUGUCUAUCAGCAAACCAACGUCGAUAAUCAACAAGUGCAUCAACUAUUCCGGCAGCCGAAUGUGCCCCAAAUGAAUGUAAUGCAAUCUCAAAAAAAUGCUUCCCAUUUUUGGACGCAUGGUCAAUACGUGGUUCCACCACCAGCGGCCAAGCCUCCUGUCUGUCAACCUAGUAGUGGGGUGCAAUUAUAUGGAGCCGGGCAGCGGGGGUUGCCCUGGCAGGAAGAUUCUCCCAAGAGUAGGGGCUUUUGAAUAAUUUCCUGUGUAAAUUUUAAUUUUGGUUUAUGUUAAUUUUGUAGUGGAAAUGUAGUCCUUUUAGUUUUAUAGCAAUCUUUAAACCAGUUUCUUGAUCA